AGAUAUAUUUGGUUGAAAACAAAUAAUGGAGUUUUGAAUCCUCUCACUCUCUCCUUAAUCAAUUUAGGGUUCAUAUUCUCGCCGAAUCGAUCAGAUAUGGGAGGAGGCAAUGCCCAAAAGUCGAAGAUGGCGCGUGAGAAAAACCUUGAGAAGGCUAAAGCCGCCUCUAAAGGAAGCCAGCUAGAAUCAAACAAGAAAGCUAUGACGAUUCAGUGCAAGGUAUGCAUGCAGACUUUUAUUUGCACAACAUCUGAGGUGAAGUGCCGGGAACAUGCGGAAGCAAAGCAUCCAAAAUCUGAUGUGUAUGCAUGUUUCCCUCAUCUGAAGAAGUGAUGUAGCUGGAUCGAAU